AUGGAUGAACAACUAUCAAGUUCUCCUGAUUCAAUUUUCUCUCAACUUUCAUCUCGUGAUACAGCAUACAAUGGUGGUAUUAUUCCUACGUUAUCUGCUUUGUCAGUAUUAUCACCGAUGCGAUCGUCAGUCACAUUAGCUAAUAUGAACAAUCUAACAUAUGCACAAGAGAAUCAGAGUUUUUUCCACGAUGAUUUUAAUUCACAAAAAUCUUUUACAAUUUCUCGGUGGCAAUCAGAUGGUGAAAAUGUAAGUUUACCGUACCAUUCAUCCAAUUCACAAUCAUCGUCCAGUGCAAAUUAUCUUAUGAACGAAUUCCUGCAAAGUACAAACAGAAAUAUGGGUUCUUCGUCUUUAACUGAUUCCAUUGUUUCGCCUAUGUCUCGGUUAUCAACAUCAUCGUCAGUGAUGUCUUUAAAUAGUAUUGGCAAUCAAAACCCAAUCGGUCAGCGAUCUUCACGAACGACCAAAAACACAGACCAGUUUUCAGUACCAAAUGAAAAUAUCAAUCUCUUCUCAUCGGCAUCGGCAUUUCUCCCCUUACCAACACCAAAGCGUCAAACACUUUCGUCUAUCGACAACAUUCACUUAGCAGCUACAGACAAUGAUCUUCAACGAGUACCACCAUCAUUCAUGUUCAUGCAACCAGUUUCAAACUAUGUAAACGGCUCAAUUCUACAUUCUCAACCACAGCCACAAAUAGUUCAUAGUACAACUCGGUCGAACACUAUGCCAAACUGGCGUGGUCAUUUGCCCAUUGUCACGGAAUCAUAUCAAACGCCUACUAAUUUUUCUCAAAAAGUUUUUCUUGGCGGUGUUCCAGCUGAACUCAAUGAAGCUGAACUUUUGCUGGUUUUGAGAAAAUUUGGUAAAUGUAAUAUCAAAUGGCCAAAAAAUGAUGGAGUCAAAAGCAAUAAGCCUAGUUUUUGUCAUGUAGUUUAUCGAGAAUCUCGUUCAGUUAGUGAACUACUUAAACAUUGUACUCGACAACAACGUUCAACUGUUGAUUAUUUUCUUCAUAUUCAUAUGUUACCUUCAUCAACUGAUUUCUCUAUUCGUACAACUCGAUUCAAACCCAUUCAAGUUGUUCCUUGGAAUAUGAAAGAUAAUGUAUAUGCUGUUCAACAAAAGAACGCAUCGAAUACUGAAAUACCCUAUAAGGAUUGGUCACGAACCAUUUUUGUUUCACCACUUCAUGGCAAAAUGACUGCGUUCAGUCUAGGCUCCAUCAUGUCCAAUGUAUUCGGAGCAGUUUCAAUAACUCAAAUUAAUACGGAUAAAUAUGGAUAUCCUACAGGUACAGGAACGAUACUGUUUUGUGACUCACAUAGUUAUAUGCGUGCAGUUGCUGCCGGUGCAAUUGAUAUAAAAUGUGAUUGUUUCCAUAAAUUGCUUGAUAUUGAUCCAUUUUUACGUGAAAACGAACCAUGUGCAUUUUGUCCAUCGAUUGCUGAUGCUUUUUGUCGAAAUUUUCAUUGUCUUCGUUCGUAUUGUAAACAGUGUUGGGUACAAAAACAUGGCCCAAAGCCGCUUGCUGAUCAUCAACCGGCGACACGAAGACAACAACCACUACCACAUAUGUGA